AGAAAAAAGUUGUUUCGUCUCUCAAAAAAAUAUAUCUACUAAUCUACGAGAAGCAGCGAGUGAUAUAGAAGAGGAAUGGAAAAAAGAAGUCGAUAUACAAGAAGUGACGACUGAUGUAAGAGAGGAACGGGAAAAAGAAUUUGAUAUGGAAAGAUUUAAUAAGCAAAAAGUAGCAACCAAUAUACAAGAUGAUCAGUUAUAUGAAUCUGAGCUGAGCAACAAAAGAUGA